AUGGCCACCGUUGACCCCAGGCUCGCGGCCAAUGGGCGUCAAGAGCGGCCCUAUCUUGCAAAAGCGACACGCGAGUCCAUCAUCAGAGCCUCCGACCAGGCUCAGGCUUCUGCAAUGUCAUCCUCAGCAUCACCAUCGUUGUCAUCAUCGUCCAGUGUGCCUGUUCGCUUGCUCGCCUCACCGCGCCAGCAACGCGUCUUUUGCGUCGUCUGUGCAAGCAACAUGAACCGCUCCAUGGAGGGGCACAAUGUGCUAGCCCAAGCCAAUUUCAAUGUCAUCUCUGCGGGCACGGGGUCCAUGGUCAGGCUGCCUGGACCGGCACUCGAUCGACCCAAUGUUUACGCGUUUGGCACGCCAUACGACGAUAUGAUGGCCGACCUCAAGUCAAAGGACGAGAAGCUCUAUACCUCAUAUGGACUUAUGGCCAUGCUCGAACGCAACCGCGUCCUCAAACGUGCACCAGAACGGUGGCAGGACAGUGCUGCCGUGGCUGAUAUCGUCAUCACGUGCGAAGAGCGCUGUUACGAAGCAGUCUGCGAAGAUCUCCUCAGUCGCGGCGGCGAGAUGAACCGGCCGGUGCACGUCAUCAACGUUGAGAUCAAGGAUAAUCACGAGGAUGCACUCGUGGCUGGAAAAGCGCUUCUGGAUCUCUGCCAGGCUAUUGAUGCCGCCGAUGACGCCGAUGCAGACAUGGAAGCCAUCAUUGACGCUCAUCAAGAAAGACACCCUCAGACGGUCAUGCACACCCUGGCCUGGUACUGA